AUGGAAUCGAGCGGGUUCAGACAGAACGCAGCCGUGGUAUGGCUCAAUCUGCAGCAGAUGGAGGAAGAAGUUCAGGUAGCAUAUGUGCAAGCGCAGCUAGGCAGCCACCUAACGCAAUGCGCACCACACUCGCGAGAAUGUCGCGAUCUACACAACGUGACAACCUCUUCCUCUUCUAUCACUCUCCGUCCACUCUCCGCUCCACUCUCCGCUCCGCUCUCCGUCCUACUCUCCGGACUCGUCGUCCCCUGGCUUCUUGGCCCCUUCACAUCUGCAGACCCAGAUCCAGCUGCACUAGUACUAGCACUAGCCUCACCCCCAGCCAUCUCAAUCUUCCUCGUCUUUCUAAGAUACGGUUCCACAAAGCCAACACUCUCCCGAUCCCUCUUCAGCCCCGUCUCUAUAGCCGUCCUGGCGCUACUAUUACUUGAUAGACCACUUUCGGAUACUGGCUACAGCAUCGUGAUCUCGAGCCGCCAGAUCGGCGGGGCGAGCGGGGCGCAGGCCCGCCGUCAGAGCGUUGGUGAUGGAGAUGAGCCAGAUGCGGGUGCGGUUGAUGGUGUGGUGGGUGCGGGUGAUGGUGUUGUCCGGGUGCUGGGCUUUGCGUUUGCGGGAUGUUGGCAGAUACUUGGAGCAACUUGUUCGCCAGUUACAAACAGAUGUCCUUCAGUUACAAACCCAAGUACAAGAUUUGCAUCGGCAGCUAGACCAACGCUCCGCGCCCGUCCAAUACCAACCGACGCAGCCAUCACCGACGCAGCCAGACCAACGCUCCGCACUCGUCCAGCCAUCACCGACGCAGCCAUCGUCCAAACUCUGGGUAUUCCAGGUUGA